UGCCGUGAACACGGAAGCAAAGAGAAAUUAAGUUUAUUAGAGGAUUUCGAGCACUAGGUCUUUUCCCUUCGUUGAAGCAUUAAGAUGAUGAGUUCGUCGUUGAACUAUCGUUGAAAAUCACAACUGAAACUCCAUUCGUUUCGUGCCCAUCGGUUGGGCGCUGCCUAUUUGCCUAGUGGCUUCUGUUCGAUACCGAAAUCGAACGAUUUGCGCUCGAAAGAGCUUGCUACCGUUUGCAAAGUGUUUGCAAAACAAAAUCUGUAAUAUACUAACGAUAAGGACUGAUCCAGAACCCGAAAUGGAAAAUGCCAAACCGGUUCUCCACAUACUUGUGGUAGGAUUUCAUCACAAAAAAGGAUGCCAGGUGGAGUUCUCCUAUCCUCCACUGGUGGCCGGCACCGAGGGUAAGAGCGAAUGCCCAUCGGGAUGGAAGUACUUGCCCACGCUUGCCCUCCCCGAUGGUUCGCACAACUUCAACAGUGAUUUCGUUAGCUUCAAUCUGCCCAGCCUGACCGAUCCCCAGCAAUCCGUGUACGGCAUAUCUUGCUACCGACAGAUUGCGCUGGAGGAUGUGAAGAUACGGACGGCCGAUUUGACACGCAGCACGGUACAGAAGUCCGUCUGUACCUUGUUGUCGCUACCUAUCUAUGGCUACAUUGAGGUCAAACUAUCGCUCAUAGCGCAAGCAUUCUUCGAACAGGGCGACUUCUCCACCACCGACAUACUAGUUAAGGCGUACGAUCAGCUGAAUGCUGUCCUGACAUCCCCGGAACGGCAAUCAAUGCUCCCACCGCAACUCUAUUUCAUAGGAAUUCCACUGCGUGAAUUGCUGCUCAAAUGGCGACACAAAAUCCUAAUCUUAUUUAAGCUGCUGCUACUGCAGAAACGGGUGGUUUGUUUCGGAUCGCCAGUGCACCCUACGGGGGCACUGAUCCUUGGCAUUGCAUCACUGCAACCCGAGCUGAUUAGCAAAGGAUUCCAACAAGUGGCAUGCGUCAAAACGUCUCGACCGAUGUCCCCAAUGCCGACGUUCGAUACUCCGAACGAGGAGGAACCAGUGCACGUGGGAGUCGCUCAUGUCUCUCAGGCUGUAGCCGUGCCCAAAAUCAACCUCGUUCAUAACUCGGGUAGUACUUACAGAGCAAAGCCGGGUGAAUCUGAUAGGACAAAAGAGUGCACAGUUGAAGAUAGGGAAGAAUUGGACAGUCCAGCAUUCGGCGGGCGGAGCAUUGCUAGCGCCCACGAAGCAAAUGCCGACGGAACACCGAGCAGCACCUCUAGCUCAUCGGUAUCGUCAGCUACACCGUCGGAAUCGGUAGAACCCGAUGGUCUGCUGGAUGAGGGCAUUAAUCUAGCGGGCACGCGAGCAGGCAGAGCAAUAAUGCGGGAAACGAGCGUCGAUACAAUAGCAUCGAAUUUUUCUAGUCUUUGCGCAAUCGAACCCACCGAGUGGGGUGCUCCGUUGCGCAUUUUUCACGAGGGCAACCUAUGUCUUCCGUACAUUUCGCUACCGUAUAUGGAUCUAUUGUCCGACCCGGCCGUGAAGGGCUAUAUUGUGGGAGCAUCGAAUGUGCUUUUCCAGCACAAGCGCCAACUCGCAGACGUUAUGAUCGACGUCGACGCGGCGAUUAUAGACGUGUUAGACUUGGAAACAAAGCGCGAGAUUCAACUCAGUACCGAGGAUCUACGCUUCGCCGACUUUAUCGUGCGUCACGUACAAAUGCCGAAGGAAGGCGCAGAGGGUAGUGAGGCAUGGAUAAGAGAUCAGCUGUACGGGUACACGGUGGCACUACUGAAGACUUCGCUAACUCCGAAUGGAAGCAAGGAGAUAGAUCAUUUCAACGCACAAUUUAUUGCCGCUUUCAAGGCAACGCGAUGUUAUCAGGACUGGUAUGAGCGCACUGGUGGCGGAGCAGUCCCGGCAUUCGAUGGAUUGGCGGGUGGACAUCCAUUCGCCGGCACUCUAUCUGUUGCCGAUAUGCGACUACGACUGGCACAAACAAUGCAAAACAGCGAAAGUGGACGCAAGCUGAACCAGGUGGUCGAGAACACGAGCCGUGCCGUAGGCGAUGCACUCACCACUGCCAAGGGUGCCUUCUCGAGCUGGUGGACAUCAAUCUCGUCGGCACCACAGGCGGCCGCAAACUCGUCGCAAACCGCUGAUAAUUUGCUGGUCACCGGCUCACUUGGGGCAGAAGAUGUGCAUUUUGACGAUGACAGCGAUGACAGUGAUGAAAUGGCCUUGGCCGAGCAGAAGGAGGUUUCCACUAGAAACUACCGUACACGGGAUUCGCCAUCGAAGAGAGUGAUACCGACAGCAGAAAUCGUAUCGCAAUCCUCUAGUAACAGUGUGAUAGAAAUUGGCAAGGAAGCGGAACUACUCGAUCGGCGUAGCACUGCGGUAGUUGCUUCCGCGAACGCCGCUACCAAUGCCGGCAUUCCGUAGCACCACAAUU